UGUGCGGCCGUGUAGUUCCAGAUCACGAAAAGCACUAUAAACGUAAAAUUUGCCGUGAUGUCCGUCAAUGGAAUACCGAGGGGUACUUUUAUUCGUUGUAUUACGGGAAAGGGGCGGAGCCAGCCUAAUCCACCUGUCUGAUGGGUGUAAAGUUUCCACUGGGAAGCUCCGGACGUUCAAGCGGCUUCCACUGGGCAGGAUAAGAUACAUAAUAUCCCGCUGGUUCAGGACGUGACAUUAUUCUAUAUCUUUGUUUUGUUCAUUUGCUUCAGCCAGAACGAUUCCAUCUGUUAUGGAUACUUCAUGGCGUUCUGCGAUUUUAUAGUAUUGCUCUGGAAAUUUGGGGACUGGGUGUAGAUCGCUUUGGAUGUGCGCUCGCUAACAAAGAAAGGAGCGCAUCUGGAGCGCGGCGAGUUCAGUGCGGGCGGGCGGCUGAUGCGCCGAGGCCGCCUUAUCGGACACGCUCAGCCGGCCGCAGAAUGGAGGAAGAUCACGUCCUGCCCGAUUUCAGAGAUAUCGAGAGCAAGUUAGGACGCAAAGUUCCCGAAAUCCUGAUCCAGUCACUGAUGGAGGGUUUCCAGAAAACCAAAGAGGAGAGGAAGCCGCCCGAUCCCGUCAAGCAGGGAAACUCCGGUGAUCUGAAGCGCCUGGAGAGCAAAAUGCUGCUUUUAAAGCAAGAAAUGGCGCACCUCCGAGCCAUCGAUGGCAAGCUGAUGCAGCAGCUACUCACCAUCAACGAGGGCAUCGAGUCGAUCCGGUGGGCCAUGGAGGAGAAGGCGGUGUUGGCCAGCCACGACGGCAGUCAGUUCAGCCUGUGCAGCCUGUCGGAGAGCCCGGACGCGUCGCCGCACGGCAGCUACAGCAGUCUGCUGGACACCAGCGACGGUCUGGAUACCAUCUCUGUGGGCAGCUACCUGGACACACUGGCGGAGGACACACCCGACCACGCCUCACCCUCAGACCUGGAGUUCCUCUCCGACGGAGGCACUGGGGAGGUGGGCUUGAAGGACCGUGCGCUUCGUAGGGAGCUCCGGGUCGAUGGCGAUGAAUACUACUGUUUCGGGUGAGGGGGAGGUAAAGAGGUACUCGCCUCGCGCGAGUACUGAGAAACGCAUCAGCUCCGUGCUUUCGGACGCCUGCGGUGUCGGCCGACGUUAUCAGGGAACUGCUGCUGCUACUGCUGCUGCUUCUCAGGAUGGGGAAACGUCACACCAGGGUUCGGAAGGACUGGAAAACACAAGCCACUGCCUCGGUGUGCCAGUCGAGGCACAAAGCCGAACAGCAACCCUGCUCCAAAGAGCUUCUUUUUAUGGCAAAAACAAUCAUCCAGUUAGAUGGGGUUCGGGGAAAUGAAAGGAUCUUACGGGUUUGAGUAGGAUAGCGUUUUACUCCAAAGACCGUUUAGGUACCUCGCAAGCUGAUUAAUUAUUUACAAAAGCGGGUUGAGGGAGGAAUUACGUGACAUUCACACUAACAAUCUCCAUUUUGUGGGGUGCAUUUUAGAGAAGCUUUGGAUCUCUGUGUGUUUUUAUUAACUGGGCUAUAUGUGUUAGCCUGAUGAUGAUGAUAAUGAUGAUGAUGAUGAUGAUGAUGAUGUAGCAUCUGUGCUAAAGUGCAAUUAACUUUACAGUAUGUCUACUAAGUGGUACAAAACUCAUUUUAAAACAAAUGUAUCUGCUGAUCAGAUGGAUAGUUUUUUAAAAAAUAUUAUUUUGUUAAUCCCGAUUGAGGAAUCUCUCAAAGUGAAAUUUAAAACGUGAAGUUAGAAUAACGGCAAGAUCCAUGGUAAGAAGUGCCCAAGUGACCAUCUGAGCUGCUUGUGCUGUGCUGACGCUCCCUGGAGCGGAGAGCCUGAAGGUAGACAGGAAACAGCACAUGGCAACCAAAGGCCGAAGUGCAUCACAGCGCAAUGUUCCAUUCCGUUGGAAAACUAAACAAAAAUUAGCCCUAAAUUAAAGGGCACCCUGUAAUCGAGGAAGUGAGCUCCGGAGAGCAUGGAAAUUGCGAUCCUGGCUGUAUAGACUCGCUUGCUGCACAGUUUACUCUUAAAUCCUCAAACAGCAACAAACUAACAUUGCUUUGGUUUUACCUAAUCAGACUUGAUCAGCACUCGCCCAGAGUGAGUCUUAACUCCUGGACUUUUGUCCAGUGGGGAUAAUUGACCUUAGUUUCUUAUUUAAUGUACAGUUAAAGCUUUCCUUGUAAGACUACAAAUACACUUUAAUAGGAGUGCGAAAUCAGAGCGAGGUUUACGGUAUAUGACUUCCGCGGUUGAUACAGAUGGUGAGUUUUCACAUUUCACAUUAUUUUUCUUUUAUUAACUGUCAGAGUGUUAAUGUGUUGAUUGUCAUUGUGCCUCCUGUGUAAUUGGUUGUUCUUAAUUUAUUGUUUGAAUUAUUUUUUAACUCAUCGGGGCAAUAAAAGAUUAGUCCCUUUUUAACCAAUAAAUAAUAUAUUCUGUAUGUUUUUUUUCUGGAAUGUUCUUUGGCUCUGUAACAGGAUGGGCAGGUAGAUUUUUGUCACACUUCCAGUGACCGGUGCCAUAAAUCCUGAAUCACACCCCCUAGGACCAGUCCUCUGUGACUUCUUUCAUUCUCACUUCUGCCCGUUUAAGGCUGACAUGUCAUCCUGCAUUAUAAGGUCGUUCUCAAGUCGGUGGACCUACCCAGGUUUCAAAAUUAAAAUGCUUAAUUCUCA